GGGUGACAUGACUUCAGCUCUUGUGAUCUGAAUCUCCGAGGGCGACAUAACCUGGCAGAUCUGAUUGAAAAUAAGAUACUCAAUAGAGAAUUGACAAGCGAGCAUAUGACAGGAAAUAGUAUAUAUAGAGCCCCAUUGAAUCUUCAAGACUCAUUCUUCAUCCGCAAGUAAACAACUCGUUCCCUGAACAAGUACACGCAAACACGCAAACAUGGCAGUCGGCACAACUCUCGAGCAGCCCCGGACUAUUAAAAUCCAUUGGCCCAAACUCAACAUCAUGAUCACGGCGAUCAUGACCGAAAGAAACCCUGCCUUAGUCAAUCUGCUUUUCAGCAAGCUUCCCUAUCGCUCGCUCCAGAGCCAUGCCCUCGUUUCCGGCGACCAUUUGUACCAUCUGGUCCCCGCAGAGGCAUUGAUUUACACUCACCCAGAUCACAAAGUCCCAAACAGAGCGCUCGAGCCCGACGGAACCGUCUUCCUCUCCGGCUUCCAGCAUAUGGCUAUCAAAUACGGCACUCUGACCGAGGACCUCCCCGCCGCGCCGUGCGGAUACGUGGUACCCGAGGACAUCGAGAAGCUGAAGAAGGCCGGCUCGCUUCUCUGGGAAGCAUGCAAUGAGGCCUCCGAUCCUAUCGAGGUUAUCGUGUGGGAUGCUACCGAGGCAGAACCGAAGGGGCACAUUCCACUUACGCUAGAGCGGACAGGCGUGACUGAUGAAGUCAAGGAGCUGGUGCUUCAGAUUCACAACGAGACGGAAUUCUCCUGGUCCGGAAUCUCCUCGGACCUAGAAAUCAUCCAUCAGGGACGAGCCACGUCCCACGCCGGUUCUAAGGACUCUUACUUCGCGACCAUGCUUUUUAUAAACAGCGAGAUUCGAACGCUGGGGUAUUACAUCCUCAAUAACAUACUGAAGACGGCAGCGACCCAGCCGCACUUCGACCUGGAGCAUUUGAUCAGCAUGUAUAGAGUGUUUGUGCCCACGCCUGCGGAGUUUGUGGGCUACGUGGGCGCGCAUUUCCUCUGCUCGACUAAUCGAAAGAUCGAUGCGGUUUUGACAGAAAAGGUUGAGAAAAUGGAUGAUCAGGAGGCCGCGAGAGAGGAUUUCUUGGCUUUGAUGAGUGCCUUGGCGCAGUAUGUCAAUUUGUUGAAUGCCCAGAAUCUGCAGCUGUUUCCGUGGAAGCAUGGCGAUGAGUAUCCUGUUUUUGUUGAUUGA